GUUAUUCUUAACGGGGAACGAUAAAUUUUUGCGCGGAAAGGAAACUAGGCAGACGAAAAUAGGUUUACAGACGCGUUCGAAGACUAGGGAUAAAAGCUUGAACGCAAACGUUGACGGCGGCGAGUGGCGCGAAUCGCCGGCCAAAAGGUUCAAUCGCCGAGCCAUAGCCAAUGGCCGCCGCGAAUGAGUGUCUCGUGUCGGCUCCUCGGUGGCCGCUGUGAUCGAUGUGUUACUACGUGUUUUCGAAGUGUGCUAACUCGCUGGUUAAACUCGAUCACGCAUAGUUGUUACUCGCGUACGACAGAACAAUAUGUCGAGCCGGCAGUCGAAAAAAGAAAAGGAUGCGACCAAGAUCGGCAAGGACAAGGGAAAGAACGGCAAGGAUGGCGAGACAGGUGACGAGGCCAACAAGGUAGCAGGAGGACCACCUGCGACCAAUGCACCACCACCGCCUACGUUGAUCAACAAGAUCAAAUAUCAACCUGGCGGUCCUGUGAUAAAAAAGGAUAAACGGCAAAGUAGCUCAAGAUUCAACAUUUCGAAAAAUCGGGAGCUUCAAAAACUGCCGCUUUUGUCUGAAACGCAACAAGGGAACGAUAGGGAGGAACUUUUUAUACAGAAGCUGCGGCAGUGCUGUGUACUUUUCGAUUUUGAGUCUGAUCCACUGUCGGACUUAAAAUGGAAGGAAGUGAAGCGUACCGCUCUUCACGAGAUGGUCGAAUACGUUACCAAGAACAAAAACGUUAUUACGGAGGCAAUAUACCCUGAAGCUGUGAACAUGUUCGCAGUGAAUCUUUUUCGUACGCUUCCUCCGUCAUCGAAUCCAAACGGUGCCGAGUUCGACCCGGAAGAGGAUGAGCCGACCUUGGAAGCAGCCUGGCCUCACCUGCAAUUGGUUUACGAAUUCUUUCUCCGACUGUUGGAGUCCCAAGACUUUCAGCCGACCGUCGCGAGACGUUACAUAGACCAGAAGUUCGUGUUGCAGCUUUUGGAAUUGUUCGAUUCGGAGGAUCCGCGCGAGAGGGAUUUCCUAAAGACAACGCUUCAUAGGAUUUAUGGAAAGUUCUUGGGCCUCAGGGCGUAUAUAAGGAAGCAAAUAAACAAUGUUUUUUAUCGAUUUAUAUACGAGACCGAGCACCAUAAUGGUAUCGCUGAACUUUUAGAGAUUUUGGGAAGUAUAAUCAACGGAUUUGCUUUGCCACUGAAGGAGGAGCAUAAAAUUUUUCUACUGAAGGUACUUUCACCUUUGCAUAAAGCCAAAUCGCUGUCCGUCUAUCAUCCGCAGUUAGCGUACUGUGUCGUGCAAUUUUUGGAGAAAGAUCCGUCGCUCACCGAACCGGUUAUCAAGAGUUUGUUGAAAUUUUGGCCAAAAACACAUUCCCCGAAAGAAGUGAUGUUCCUGAACGAACUCGAAGAAAUCUUGGACGUGAUCGAGCCCGCUGAGUUUCAAAAAGUUAUGGAUCCACUGUUUAGACAAUUAGCUAAAUGCGUUUCGUCUCCGCAUUUUCAGGUGGCUGAACGAGCUCUCUAUUAUUGGAACAACGAAUACAUAAUGUCUCUGGUAUCCGAUAACUAUUUAGUCAUUCUACCCAUCGUGUAUCCAGCGUUCUACAAGAAUUCACGAAAUCAUUGGAACAAAACUAUUCACGGUUUGAUUUAUAAUGCGUUAAAGCUAUUCAUGGAGAUGAAUCAUAAAGUGUUCGACGAUUACACUCAACAGUAUUUUCAGGAUCGUCAAAGAGAGAGGCAGCUCAUAAAAGAUAGGGACGAAGCGUGGAUGCGAGUAGAAGCUUUAGCGAUGAGACAUCCGUGUUAUGCCAUGACCGUACAAGGUUCAACGAAUACCAUUACAUCUAUCACGAUAUCACAGCAACAAUUAGAUAGCCCUCCACCCGACGAAGACGGCGAAACGGAUCAAACGCCACUUACUUUAGAAAAGAUAGAGGCAAAGGCAAACGAGGCAAAGAAGAUGACGAUCAUCAAUAAAACUAAGCCACUUUUGCGAAGAAAAAGCGACUUACCCCAAGACACGCACACAAUGCGGGCAUUGUCCGAUCACAAACGCGCCGACGAGUACCUCGUUACGCCACCGGAUUCCAAUAAUUGCUAGUCUCUACCGCAAUCUCUUCCCAUGUAUCCUCUCUUCUGCUGCAGUGAUAUUGGGAGUUAGCUUUUUUUUUUGAGGGAAAACAAACACUGCGAUGAUCCGAUCUAACAGUGUUUUAUCGUAUUAGAGGCCAACAAUGUCGUAAUCCCCCUUAUAUCAAAACUGUCGAGAUGUAUGUAAUUGUCUCUUUUUCAUUAUGGUAACGAAAAAAAACUAAGAAAAAACGGAAGGAAAGCUUUCUCUCAUCGCAUCCCAGCACUUUUCGGAAGACGUGCCCGUAGUUAUUUACGACAAACAAGAAAGGUAAAAAAACUGAUAACUCCCUAUAUACUCUUCGAGUUGAUUUAUAUAAGGUAUAGCGAGAAUUAUGCAAAUAUUAAGUACUCGCUGUUAAAAAUCAUGAAAUGUGAAAAAACCUAGCGAAUAAGGGUCCUAAAUAUGUAUGCAUAUACAGAGUAUUUUAUAAACUGUAGAUUUCUUGCGUAUGAGGUGAUCUAUCGCUGACAAUAAGACAGUUUUACGUAUAUAAGCACGCCUUCGCCUUCCUCGAUUCGAUUAUGAAUUAAACGCGAACCAUUUCGAGCAUAUUUAUUCGUAUAAGGGAGAUUCGGUGUACAUGGUCGAUAGGCACCGUUGAAACUGUACGAUUCUCUGGGAAUUCAUUUGUCGACGAUCGUUUUAGGUUGUCUUACUUUUAGCGCGAGAUUGUCUGCAUAUUAUAGAAAUUUAUGCUUUAUCGAACACCCUAUAUAUAUACUCUAAAUAAACAAAUUUUAUACGAAUGCGAAAGAGGUCAGAAAAGAAUGGACGCUUGCUUGAUGUUGUAAUAAUAAUAAUAAAAAACAAAAACAAAAGAAUUUUAGUAUGCAAGUUUGAGGCGCUACUCUUCUGAGCGAGUUUCCACUAAUGCGCAACAAAAAUAAAAAAAAAAAAAAACGACAGACAUUAAGUAACAAGUGAUAUAUAGUUGCUUCAACGCUACCAGCUCAUAAUUUAGCGGCAAAAAAAGAGCGAGAAAAAAAAAAUACAGAAAAAUGGAAAAAAGACAGAAAUGAAACGUCGUUUUUAGAGUUAGAUGAACGUGAUAGCACUAUUUUAGAAUAUCGAUUGUUAUGAAUCUGAAUAUUCCUGAACGUACUACUUUUAUAUCUGUCGUGCCUAGAUGCCUGUGGAACGCAUUCGCAAGAAUCGCCUCUGCCAGAGGCCUAUAAUUAAGAAUCGUUAACAAGAUUAAACAAAAAAAAAAAAAAAAAAAUACACACACACACACACACCGAAAGCAACGAGUUAUAAACGUGACGUUACCGAACGGUAUAAUCGACAUCACGAAUUUUUCUGGGAACGCUUGCAUGAACGUUGCGUCGUUGCCUCGUCAGUUUUGCGAUUAAUCGAAGAAAAAAAAAAAAAAAGAAGUUAUAAUACUGUUUUGUCGCUGACAAAAACGAAGAGUAAAAAAUGA